CCCAAAAUGCAAACCAACGCCUUCCAAAUCAUAGUUCCCAAACCAAUGAUCCCCGCACUGAUAAAUCCACCUGCGGUGCACCGCCCUCCUUCGUCGACCCCGCUCCUUAAACCACCACGUGCCAUCUCCAUUUCCACACCCAACGGAGGUACUACUACCACCACCACCGUUUCACCCCUAGACGUGGUCGACGACUCCGUUACCGCAUUCUGGGACUACCAGUUCCUCUUCGUCUCGCAACGCUCCGAAACAACUGAACCAGUGACACUCCGAGUGGUUGAAGGCGCUGUCCCGCCGGAGUUUCCUUCUGGAACGUACUACUUGACGGGACCGGGGAUCUUCAGCGACGACCAUGGCUCAACAGUGCACCCUUUGGACGGUCAUGGCUACCUUAGGGCUUUUAGCUUCGGUAAGACUAACGGGGACGAGGUCAAGGUCGAGUUCAUGGCCAAGUACGUGAAGACGGAGGCGCAGGUGGAAGAGCACGAUCCGGUGACCGGAACGUGGAGGUUCACGCACAGGGGGCCGUUCUCGGUGUUGAAGGGAGGAAAGAAAGUUGGGAACACGAAGGUGAUGAAGAACGUGGCGAAUACUAGUGUGUUGAGCUGGGGUGGGAAGUUGCUGUGUUUGUGGGAAGGUGGAGACCCGUAUGAGAUUGAACCGGAGACCUUGGAUACGGUCGGGAAGGUCAAGCUGAUGGAGGGCUGUGAUCCGGCGGUGGAGACUGGUGGCGGUGGCGGUGGUGUAUGGGAUGUGGCUGCGAGGUUGCUGAAGCCGAUCUUGUACGGAGUGUUUGAAAUGCCGCCUAAGAGACUAUUAUCUCAUUACAAGCUCGACAGUUGCAGAAAUAGGCUUCUUAUGGUGUCGUGCAAUGCAGAAGACAUGCUUCUACCACGCAGUCAUUUUAUAUUUUAUGAAUAUGACUCGAGUUUUAAGGAGGUGGCAAAGCAAGAGUUUACCAUCCCAGAUCACUUGAUGAUCCAUGACUGGGCUUUCACCGACUCUCAUUAUAUCUUAUUUGCUAAUCGCAUCAAGCUUGAUGUUGUCGGUGCAAUGACUGCAGUUUGUGGGACUACUCCGAUGAUAACAGCAUUAUCAGUAAACCCUAGCAAGGACACUUCUCCCAUAUACCUGCUUCCUCGCUUUCCCGAUAAAGGGAAUCAUAAUCGAGAUUGGAGAGUGCCUAUUGAAGCUCCUUCACAGUUUUGGCUGCUACAUGUAUGCAAUGCCUAUGAGAAUUUAGAUGAGAAUGGGAACUCCGAGAUCCAAAUACAUGGUUCUGCUUGCUCUUACGAGUGGUUCAAUUUCCAAAAGUUAUUUGGAUAUGAUUGGCAAAGUGGUAAACUAGACCCUUCGGUUAUGAACAUAACCGGAAGCAAGUCAUUGCCUCACCUUGUUAAGGUUUCUAUCAACUUGGAUGCCAAUGGGAACUGUCAAAGAUGUGAUGCGGAGCCUUUGAACGAGUGGAACAAGUCAUCAGAUUUUCCGGUGAUCAAUCCAGCAUUUUCAGGCACCAAAAACAAAUACAUAUAUGCAGCAGCCUCUUCGGGUUCUCGCAGUGCAUUGCCAAGCUUUCCAUUCGAUAUGGUGGUGAAGCUCAAUGCCUCGACUAAAUCUGUGCACACAUGGUCUGUUGGUAGUAGAAGAUUUAUCGGCGAACCCACUUUCAUCUCCAAAGGUUCUGAAGAAGAUGAUGGUUACAUUCUUGUAGUCGAGUAUGCAGUUGCAGUUCAAAGAUGCUAUCUGGUCAUCUUGGACUCGAAGAAAAUUGGAGCAGCUGAUGCGCUUGUGGCAAGACUUGAAGUCCCUAAGCACCUAAACUUUCCUCUUGGUUUUCAUGGUUUUUGGGCUAGUGACGACUGACGAGUAAAUUUUGAAGACAUGGCUGUACAUAAUCUCAACCCAAUGAUGCAUGUACACCGGUGUAAAGGACUUG